GUUUUAUUCGAAAUGCUGCAAGUAACAAUUGCAAUCUGUGGUCUACUCAGCAUAUUGUGCUCUCCUGUAGUGUCUAUCAAUGGAUGGAGCCCACGCCCGCGCUGGUGGUUGGACGAUUCUCAAAAGGUUAACAAUAUGGCGAGGCAAACACAAUGGCAGCUGCGGCAGCGUUUCCUGAUGGAUUUGUUGCUGCAGGUUCACAAGCCGCUGCUUCAACAGGAGCUAAUCGAAAUGGGCAGUCGGCUCAACGAGAAUCCCAGUGAUUACGAGGCAGACAGUUGGCCGUCGUUAAUUGAUUUCAUGGAGCGUGUGCAUCAGGGACGCAUAUUGCGUCCAUAUAGCAUCUACAGCCAGCUGCAGGAGGAGCUGCCACAGCAAUUGCUUGGUGUAUAUCGCUUUCUACUGCUGGCCAAGGAUUGGAGGACUUUUCAGUGUAAUGCUUGCUACGCACGCAGCCACUUCAAUCCGGUGCUCUUUGUGAACGCGCUGCAAUUGGCGAUUAGUGGACGACCGGAUACAAAGGAUCUAGUGUUGCCAGCGAUGCAUGAGGUGCUGCCGCAGCUGUACUUUGAUAAAGACGUGAUCCUAGAUGCACAGCAAGUCAACUGGCAGCAAUUAGCGCCAAUCCCAAAUAUAACCUUAAAGCGUAGUUGGAAGGAGAUAUUGGGCGACAUUGUGUAUCCCAGGAGAUUCCGUCAGCCAUUGGAAGUCCCAGUAUUGCCCGCCGAACCAAUUGUCAUCGAAGUAAAACCUCUCCGGACACUGCUUAGCUCGGAUGUGGAACUAAACGGCUAUUGGAAUAGUCUGAUCAGUCGCCUGCUUAUCACAAGAAAUGAGCAGGGCACAGCUAUAAUUGACGGCGAUCGAAUGAUGGCGUUCCGUAAUGCCCACGAUGAGUAUAUGUAUCGACUAGAAAAUGGGCGUGCAGCAAAACCAGAACACCCGCAAAUACUGCUGCACAACAUAAAGCAAUUCGUGGCACUAUGUGAGCUGGAAGAACUGACGACAGGCCACAAAUCGUUGCAACUAAUUGAGCCCACAUUGAUGACAACGGGUGGUGUGCGGUAUAAGGCGACAAAGCUUAAUGGUCUAGAUGUGUGGCUGCUGAUUAGGCAGUCUACUGAAGAACUGCAAAGCCAGAUUGAUAAGCAGCUGGAAAAAGCUGUCGAAACGCCGACAAUGGAAACGGUGGGUCAAGUGAUUGCCACAAAUUACUGGCAGCUAUUUCGACAUCUAAGCUUGGCCAUUAACGGCAACUGCACAAUGGAACCCAAUCUACUGGGCAUGGCCACGUCCAACCUGAGAGAUCCCAUUUACCGCACAAUGCUCUUUCAGCUGGCCCAACUAAUUGCGCGAUAUGAAAGGCCACAGGUGUCAGCAUACGAUAAUCAGCAAGUGCAGCAAAUCCAUGUGGGAAACUUGACAACCUAUGAGCACCUUGUGGACAGCGAUCUGAUCAAUUUAAUGGAUCAACAGCUGCUACAGACGCAGCGCAACAAUUUACAGUUUCUCCAAAGACGUCUGGUGGCUCGUCAGUUGCGCUUGAAUCAUAAACCAUUCAACAUCACCUAUGAGCUGUAUGCAUCUGAACCGAUGGUCGUCCUCAUUCGCAGCUAUUUAAUUCCUCCUGGCAGAGAUCAGGCUGGACUACUGAUCGAAAGCUUUGUCAGCGAGUUGGCUAUGGGCAAGAAUAUACUGGUUCGUCAAUUUCCAAUGGCUAAAAGUGUGCAUACACUCAGGAAACUAUAUGAAGCAAAGAAACCGUUGGAUUCGUCCAAUGCCUGCUCCUUUCCACAACAUCUUCUGUUACCUCGUGGUACUGCUGAGGGUCUAAGACUUCAACUCCUUGUGCAGGUUCUGGCAUGGAACGGGUCAGAGACAAUUGCGGAGUGUGAAUGGGCUGGUAGCGUUGUAGACUCCACAGCUCCUGUACUAACCAGCGCCCGGGUGGAUGUGGUAAUCCAUCAUCAUAGCCUAAAACUAAAAGAUUGAUUGAUACCAUUAAGUUAAGACAUAUAUAUGUGAGAUAUUUAUUAUCUGUACGGCAACCGUUAAAAUUAAUCAAUCCCGGAAGUCCGUUUUUGAUAAUGAUAAGAAACUGAUAUGACUCGGAAGCUAAUAAAAAUAUUGGUCAAUUUA